CUUUUCGUCUAUCGUAAUGCAAAGUGCCUAGUGCCCGAUAGUUCCGAGUGUGAAAAUGAAAGUGCCGAUCCUACUUGUGCUGUCAAUAGCCAUUCUGACCGAAAAUGGUUGCUUCGGUCAGCAGCGAACAACGCCGCAUUCCGGGCAGCGGACAACGCCGCAUUCCGGGCAGCGAACGACGCCGCAACCCACCAGAACUACAACUCGUCCGAGAACAACUCUGGGAGUUCGUGGCGCACCGGCACAGUCGGGCAAAUUGGUCAACGCCAGUCCGGUUCGGCAAACGACACCAGCUCGGGUACAGUCUGCUAACAUUAUCAAACCGCAACCAGUUAACCCAUUUGCGAGGCCUCUGAUGACCACGCGGACAACACCGAGAUCAAACGGAAAAGUCACAACAACUUUGCGUUCGCCAACGGCGACUAGGACUACAACUAGAAUCACAACCAGAACCACACAGAAGAAUUCGAAACUUGUAGACGGACGAGGAACAACGCCGAAGAUAACUACCAGAACAACAACGAAGAUGGCUACCAGGACAACACCACGCCAGGCAACAACAACCAAAAAGGAAUUAUACAGCGCGGCGACUCCAUACCAAGCCAUAACCCCGUCAUGGUGGAUCCCGAAUGCAAACAUCAUAAUGAGGAGCCUACCACUACCAGACUACGGAUCCAGUGCCAACGACUCGUCCUUACAGCAAGCCUUUAGUUACAUCGAUCUAUCGGAAAGUGACGACUCGCCGAAAAAUCGUACGUCAUACGCUCUCAACAUCAGCUCACCGAAGGCGCUCGACAAUGGCACUACGAUAGAAGCGAUUGCUGGUACAACCCUGGCAAUUGAAGAAACCAGUACUACUAGCUCAGCGGCACCUCCUACGAAACAAGUCAAACGGAUAAGGAAGACUUCCCCGGCAACGACGGAACCGACACCGACACGGGUCCUGAAGCGCAGGAAGAUUACAACUACGGCGAAACCGACGGCUUAGGUCCGAAUCGUAAAUGGUGUCAUGAACUUUGAAAUUUCUCAAAUAAAUAGAAAAUUUCAUACUGCAACUAUUUUACCCAAACUACUGUCAACUACUGAGUCGCCUAUUUCUUCUAUCAGCGUGUAGAAGAUCACGCUUUGCGUAUGAUGUAAUUUUCAAAGUCAUGUGAAUUUCGUUGAAAAUGUUAUUCUUAUUUGGUUUACAUGGGAGUCGCACGAAUAAGCUCGCAAUUAAUAUAUACAGUCAUUCAGUGGCGUAGCAAGGGUUUUUGGGGCCCGGUGAGGAGUUCUAUUUUGGGGCCCUCAAAAUUAAAGUGAACGUCAUCUAAAUGUAAGACGCUAAUGUGAAAAUGACUGUCGAAAUAAACAUUGACCAAAUAGCUUUUGUAGAACUAUGACUCAAGUGAUGAAACUUAUGUUGAUAUGUUGUUGUAGUAGCUUAAGGUGAAACAGUUUGGAAUCAACUUCUAAGAUUGC